AGUUCAGUUUCAGCUUCACCGUUCUCUAAGACUAUCCUUCUCCGACCAAAAGGGAAAAAAACACACGAAAUGGCGUCUCUUGGCCAAAUCACCCUCCCGCGGCCGCCGUUGUUUGAGAUGAGUCUCCUACGCCGUCGAUUUGAUCUACCGAUCAAAACACAACGAAUCGGAUUCAACGGCCGGAUUGCGAGCGUAUUGACUAAAGCGGGAGAACAAGCGCAGGUCUCAGUAAAAGCGAGCGUGAGCCAGAAGGUGAUUGAAGAGGAGGCGAAAGUUCUGGUGGGUACAUACGCGCGUGCUCCGGUGGUGCUCUCGAGUGGUAAAGGUUGUAACUUGUACGACGCAGAAGGGAAAGAGUAUCUGGACUGUGCAUCUGGAAUAGCUGUUAAUGCUCUGGGCCAUGGAGAUCCUGAUUGGCUUCAAGCCGUCACCGACCAAGCUGGCGUUCUUGCCCAUGUCAGCAAUGUCUAUUACACCAUUCCUCAGAUAGAACUAGCAAAGCGCCUUGUGGCAAGUUCUUUUGCAGACCGUGUAUUCUUCUGUAACUCUGGAACUGAAGCCAACGAAGCAGCCAUCAAGUUUUCUAGAAAGUUCCAGAGAUUCACCCAUCCUCAAGACAAGGAAGUCGCCACAGGCUUCAUCGCCUUUACGAAUAGUUUCCAUGGUAGAACCUUAGGAGCUCUUGCCUUGACAAGCAAAGAACAGUACAGAGCUCCUUUCGAGCCCAUCAUGCCUGGCGUCACAUUCUUGGAGUACGGUAACAUUCAAGCCGCUACUGAUCUUAUCCGCUCUGGUAAAAUAGCUGCGGUGUUUGUGGAGCCUAUUCAAGGAGAAGGCGGUGUUUACUCUGCUACAAAAGAGUUUCUCCAGUCUCUUCGCUCUGCUUGUGAUGCUUCAGGAUCUCUUCUAGUCUUCGAUGAGGUUCAGUGUGGUCUGGGUCGGACUGGUAACCUUUGGGCAUAUGAAGCAUUCGGUGUAACACCUGAUAUAAUGACGGUUGCAAAGCCUUUAGCCGGUGGGUUACCAAUUGGAGCGGUGCUUGUGACUGAAAAGGUUGCUGAGACCAUCAAAUAUGGAGAUCAUGGUAGCACAUUUGCAGGGAACCCUCUUGUUUGCAGUGCAGCCAUCGCUGUUGUUGAUAAAGUAUCUAAGCCCUCUUUCUUGUCAAGUGUCACGAGCAAAGGUCUAUACUUCAAGGAACUGUUGGUGAAGAAAUUAGGAGGGAACUCGCACGUGAAGGAAGUGAGAGGAGAAGGGCUUAUCAUAGGAGUGGAGCUGGAUGUGCCAGCGAGUCCACUUGUGGAUGCUUCCCGUGAUUCAGGUCUUCUGAUCCUGACGGCAGGGAAAGGGAACGUCGUCAGGAUUGUUCCACCGUUGAUUAUAUCGGAAGAGGAGAUAGAACGUGCUGUUGAGAUUAUGUUCCAAAAUUUAACUGCUCUUGGUUGAAGCCUUAAAGGUUGAGGAGCUAGAGAGCACAAGAGCAAAUUGUUUAUCGACUUUGAUGUGUCUUUUUAAAAAUCUUUACUUGUGUCUUGAUUUAAGCUCAAGUGUACUAUUGCCUGUUUGUAAAACUUUCAAUGUGAUCAAAUAUGUCCCGCUAGUAACAUACCAUCAGAUAUUGUGGCUUAUGAAA